GGGAGGAGGCUGCGGGCGGCCCGGGGCAGGUUCCGCGGGGAGGAGGAGAGGGAGGGAGGGCGCAGGGAGGCUGGGACACGGGCAGGGUGCGGUCCUGGCGGUUCCCGGUCCCGGAUCUCUUCAAUUUCCCCUCUCACUCCUGCCCGGGGAGCGGAGGCAGCGGCGGCUCCGGUCUCCGGCUCCAGCCCCGCCGCGCUGACCGCCAGGGCGCAAACCGCGGGGGGCUCCGGGCAGCGCCGAGCCCCGCGCCCCGCAAGCGGCCGCUCUCCUGCCAAAACAAACGGCCCUUCGCUAUUUAUUGCCGCCGCCGGGGCACGGCAGCUCAGAGCGGGCCGACACCGACACCGGGCGGCCGGAGCGCACCCGCGCCGGGCACCCGCUCCUCGCCACCGCGAGGCACCGCCGCCGCCACCGGCACCUCCGGCGGCACCGCUACCGCCACCGGCACCGCCACCGGCACCUGCCCGCCGGCUGCGCCCCGCAUGGGGAGCCCCGGGGCGGGCGGAGGGAGCGGCGGGCGAGCCUAACGGGGCCCCCGGAGCCCCCGGAGCCGCCGGUCCCCCGGGCCGCCCCGGGGCCGCCGGGCGCGCCAUGAAGCCGGCGCGGCUGCUGCUGCUGCUGAGCGGGUGCGCGCUGCUGCUGGCGCCGGCCGUGCGCGGCUGCGGGCCGGGCAGGGUGGUGGGCAGCCGCCGCCGGCCGCCCCGCAAGCUGAUCCCCCUCGCCUACAAGCAGUUCAGCCCCAACGUGCCCGAGAAGACGCUGGGGGCCAGCGGCCGCUACGAGGGCAAGAUCGCGCGCAACUCGGAGCGCUUCAAGGAGCUCACGCCCAACUACAACCCCGACAUCAUCUUCAAGGACGAGGAGAACACCGGCGCCGACCGGCUCAUGACCCAGCGCUGCAAGGACCGCCUGAACUCCCUGGCCAUCUCCGUCAUGAACCAGUGGCCGGGGGUGAAGCUGCGGGUGACGGAGGGCUGGGACGAGGACGGCCACCACUCGGAGGAGUCGCUGCAUUACGAGGGCCGAGCCGUGGACAUCACCACCUCGGACAGGGACCGCAACAAGUACGGCAUGCUGGCUCGCCUGGCCGUGGAGGCCGGCUUCGACUGGGUCUACUACGAGUCCAAGGCGCACAUCCACUGCUCCGUCAAGUCAGAGCACUCGGCUGCUGCGAAGACGGGCGGCUGCUUCCCCGGCCGGGCGCUGGCGACUCUGGAGAACGGCGCCCGGACGCCGCUGUGGGCGCUGCGGCCGGGCCAGCGGGUGCUGGCGAUGGACGGGGCUGGCCGUCCCACCUACAGUGACUUCCUGGCCUUCCUGGACAAGGAACCCCGCGCCCUCACCUCCUUCCACGUCAUCGAGACGCGGGAGCCCCCCCGCCGCCUGGCCCUGACGCCCACCCACCUGCUCUUCGUGGCCGAGAACGCCUCGGCGCCCGCCGCCCGCUUCCGCCCCACCUUCGCCAGCCGCGUGCGCCCCGGACACUUCGUGCUGGUGGCGGCGGGCUCGGGGGGCUUGCAGCCCGCCGAGGUGGUGGGGGUGCGGGGCCGGACGGACGUGGGGGCUUACGCCCCACUGACGAGCCACGGGACGCUGGUGGUGGACGACGUGGUGGCCUCGUGCUUCGCCCUGGUGCAGGAGCACCAGCUGGCCCAGCUGGCUUUCUGGCCGCUCCGGCUCUACCACAGCCUGGUGGGGUGGCCGGGGGCGCAGGGGGACGGCGUGCACUGGUACUCGGGGCUGCUCUACCGCCUGGGCAGGCUGCUGCUGCCCCCCGACAGCUUCCACCCGCUGGGGGUGCCCCGGGCGGAGAGCUGAGGGUGCGCUGGCGGAGGAGGUGGCCGCGGGGCGGCUCUCGGGGACGGCACGGGGACAUGCCCCCGGCAGAGGGGGGCGGAGGGGGGAUCCCCUGCACUCCUCCUCCGUGCCCCCUCCGAGCCCCCGUGCUGGUGGGGGCGCCCCCGGCGGGAUCCACAUGCUGCUAUGUGUGUGUGUGCGUGUGAUGUGCGUGUGCGUGUGCAGGGUUAGCUAACGGCGGGGGUCUGGCAGAUGGGGGGGAGCGGGGCCCGGAGGGGCUGGGGGGCAGAGGAGGGAGCUCCCGGCAGCUACAGCCUGGCUGAACCCCAUGGGGAGGAUUUGGGGGGGGGGGGGUCCUGGGGUGCUGUGGGGGUGCCAUUCCCCCUGGGGCUGGCACAGCUCUGGCACAAGAUCCGGGACUCGGUGGCACGGGUGCUGCCAGUGCAGAAGGCUGGGUAGCGUGACCCGAGCUGGCCCAGCCCAAAUCCACGCCUUUUACACCCCAAAACUCAGAAACCCCCCAGGUGCUGGAGCAGAGCCCUGCCUGGC